GCCUGGAAGAAAAGAAAAAAGAAAAGAGGAGCCUGUCUGAAUGUGGCUGUGCGCUCUCUGGAGGAUACCUUGUCUUCUCGCCGCCUCCCUGUGCACCCUCCCCCUGUCUGCUGAUAUCUCAGCCCGGAGAGUUUUGAAUCCACUCUGUGGCCUCAGUCGCCGCCAUGCUGAGCUGAGAGAGAGCGACAAGCCAAACUUUGUCACGCUGCCUCAACCCUCAUCUCCGUACGCACCGGGACAAAGAGGGAAACGUCCCACAACGUGUACUACGACCUUAGCCCCAGGCCUCUCGCUCAACCAUUUCAACUGUGUGACGGAACGUGAAAAGAAGAUUUAAUGAAUCAGUAUUCGCUAGCCGACGUGAUGACGGACAACUUGAGAAUUUUAUAAUUCUCUCCGGAGGAAGAGCGUCGCAUCCUUUAAGGAUUCACAGAGGAAACUUCACAGUUCCGAAGUUAUCAGAGUCUAAUAUGGGCUUUGGCGUGCUGGGGGUGUUUCUGGGGCUGCUCCUGGAGGUUUCCACACACGGGCCCCACGGUGUGCCUCGCACUUCCUGGAGACAUCAAGAUUUAGAUCUGAUGGAGUUUUCAGAGCCGGGCAUCUUCAACUACUCCACAUUACUGCUGAGUGAAGAAAGGGAUGCACUGUAUGUGGGAGCCAGGGAGGCCAUCUUUGAGCUCAGCAAGAAGAAUGUGACAGUCAGAAACAAGAAGGUUCAGUGGCCAGUUACAGAAAUCUCCAUGAAUAUGUGCACACUGAAAGGAAAAUCAAAAGAGAGGGAGUGUCUAAACUACAUUCGAGUGCUCCAAGCAGUAGAUGACACGCGGCUGUAUGUCUGCGGCACACACGCCUUUCAGCCUCAGUGUGAUUACUUGUACUUUGGCAAUUUCUCACUUCACGGUAAACCUGAGGACGGCAGAGGGAAGUGCUCCUUUGACCCCUCACAAAGCUUUACUACUGUCAUGGCAGAUGGAGUGCUGUACUCAGGGACAGCUUAUAAUUUCUUAGGCAGUGAACCGAUUAUAUCCAGAUACUCCCCAACCCAGUCUCUGCUGAGGACAGAGUACUCCACAUCAUGGCUUAAUGAACCCAGUUUUGUUUUCGCCGACGUGAUCAGAGAAGGGGAAAAUGGAGCAGAUGGCGAGGACGACAAAAUCUACUUUUUCUUCACCGAGGUGUCGGUGGAAUACGAAUUCUUUGGCAAGCUGUUCAUCCCCAGGGUGGCGCGCGUCUGUAAGGGCGACCUUGGAGGGCAACGCACUCUGCAGAAAAAGUGGACGUCCUUUCUGAAAGCCAAGCUGGUGUGCUCCAUGCCUGAGCUCAACUUUGUUUUCAACGUGGUUCAUGACGUUUUCAUCCUGAAGGGGACAGACCGCAAAGACACGGUCAUCUACGGAGUCUUCACCUCUCAGUGGGGUAACGUGGGUUUGUCAGCCGUGUGUGCCUACGAGAUCAAGGAUGUGGAAGAUGUCUUCUCCAAGGGCAAGUACAUGCAGAAGGCCACGGUGGAGCAGUCCCACACAAAGUGGGUACGGUACAACGGCAUCACUCCUACUCCACGUCCUGGAGCUUGUAUUAACAACCAGAUGCGACUGCAGAACAUCAACAACUCGCUCCACUUGCCCGACAAAACCCUUCAGUUUGUUAAGGACCACCCCCUGCUGGAGGAUCCCAUCCUGCCCAUCCACAACAGGCCCCGCCUCAUCACCAAAGACGUCAAUUACACCCAGAUUGUCGUGGAGAGGGUCCAAGCACUUGACAAAAUUACUUAUGACGUCAUCUUCACUGGAACAGAUAAGGGUGUCCUGCACAAGUCGGUGCUGGUUGAAGAUGAGGUUCAUAUUGUGGAGGAGAUCCAGCUCCUGAAGAACGCUGAACCCAUCAAAAACCUGCUGCUGUCCUCAGAGACACAGUCCCUGUAUGCUGGGUCAGACGUGGGUGUAGUCCAGUCUCCUACAGCUUUCUGUGGCAGGUAUUCAUCGUGUGUCGACUGCAUCCUGGCACGAGACCCCUACUGCGCCUGGCACCCGACGAAUGCCACAUGUGUCAACAUCUUUGACACUGCCAGCCAAACGCUCAGGGGGCUGAUCCAGAGCCUGAAAGGUGAUGCAAACAUGUGUCCAGCAGUGUCAGUUCUGUCUCAGAAGGACUACAAGCAUGUGGCGGUGAAACUGGGGAGCUCUGCCGAGUUGCCGUGCCUGGUACAUUCCAACCUGGCCCAGGUGAUGUGGAAAUCUAACGACUCGGUUCUCACCGAGGCCUCUCGCUUCCACCUCAUAGCCGAAAACGGGCUCCUCAUUUACAGUGUGGCUCCAGAGGACCAAGGGUACUAUGAGUGUUGGUCCGUGGAGUGGUCUCCCGCUGCUGGCAAGAACUUCAGCCGCCUGCUGGCUGGAUACACCCUGACUCUGGACCUUCCGCCCAGACCGCCGCACCAGGCGGGGCAUGUCGUCACCACCGCCCUCGGUGGCCACGAGGCAGCUACCACAGGUGCAGCUGAAGGUAAAGUAGAGACGGAGAGAGCCGCACUAACUUCAGCCCUUGCCCCUCCCAGCUUCACAGCAGCGACAGUCCUGCCCCCCUCCCCUCCCCAAACCGACGCGUCACUAACCCCGCCCCCCAGCAUCACAGUCAAGCUCCAGCCAAAGGUAAAUCUUCUUCCCACUAAUUCCAAAGGCCCCCAUCCUGACAGUCGGGACCCCUCGGCGGAGUAUUUGCAGCACAACAACACCGCUGCCCUCCUCUUCCUCUUCCUCCUGUUUUUCCUCCUCUUCAUGGCUGCACUGGUGUACAACUGCUACAUGCAGUACCUUCCAGCUCCCUGCUUGAGGCUGCGGGCCACUCUGCUCGGCAGCCACAAGAGCGCCCAUCAGCCCGAGUACAGGGCCUGUGAGGCAGGUUUAAUAGAAACCUCUGCGAUCGAGAAAAUUAACAUGGCCGAGCAGCCGACCCAGAACGGCAGCCAAACCACUCAAAACCUCCGGGCACUCCGCGACACGGGGUACGAAACCGAGCCGGAGUGCGGGAAUGGUCGCGUCCCCUCGCUCAGUUUUGGAGACGAAAGCCCCUCCAAGGAGAAACCUUUUGAUGUGGACUGUGGAUCUCAGGACAUUCAGUAUGCAGAUGCAGAUGCAGAAGCUUAACGCUAGCCACAAGAGACUUGAUCCCUCCUAUCGGCACAGAGACCGCAGGGGGCCGCGCUUUUUCUGCGUUUGCAGUUUCUGUCCAGGGCACAACAUUUUUGUAAGGCAUGAGAAUCCCGAGGCCCAGAUCGGGCAUUCCCGCUCGGUUGUAGAGUUUUAACUCCCGCUGUUUGAUUUUAGGGCUAAUGGUGAUGGUGAAACAAAAAAAGAAACAAAAAAACAACUGUAUUCAAGGAAGCUGCAGCUCCUUCAGCUUAGCCCAGCAAGAAAAGCUAUUACUUUUUUUGGAAAUUUUUCAAUUUUUUUUUUAACAUUCCAAAUUGGAAACAUUGUUUACCAAAUUGGUAAGUUACUGUGAUGCUUUCCAAAGUGCAGUCACGUUUCUGUACAGCCUGAGGGAGAGGGGUGGGGGGAGGGGUUGAAGCAUUUGCAUCUUUUUUACCUUUUUUUUUUUUUUUUUUUUUUUUUUAAAGCAGUGAAUACUUCAUUAGACAGUGAAUGCUUCAGUAUUACAUUGAUUUCUCAGGGAAGAGUUGCUCAGUAUAUUGUAGCCUAGGUUAGCACAGCGUCACCACCCGGAGCAUGUGGGCCUUAACCUCUCCCAGUGAACUGGCAGUAAGAAAAUGAAUCAAACUGUUUGUACCACUGUGUUUCCUGCGUGCAGACGCUCGUGUUUUAUUACUAUUAUUAUUUUUUUCCUUCCUGUGAAAUCGACAUUCCCCACACAGAUACAACUCUGGUCGUCCUGUGUAUUAACCCUUGUCAGAGAUCUUUCCAUAUGUGGUCUGUUAAUAAUGUAAAAAUGUACAGUGUGACAUGAUUAACAAAAAAAGGGGGGGAACAUCAACAAAGUUAUUUUUUUAAUUGUAAUUUUAUAAAGCCUUCAGUUUUAGACCAUUUUCAGAUAAUUAUUAUUUAUAAUGAGUCACAUCUGUGGUAACAUUUUGUCUAAGUAGUCGUGAUCUUCACCCUUGUUGUUUUUACUUUGUUUUAAUUUAUUGUAGCUGAUUUGAUCUUUUUAGGCCAUUCAUUCAUCACCCCUUUAUGUCUCUUUGCAUGCCAGCCCCUGUUUGAAUUUCCUGUUUUUUCCUCAGUACUUUUUCUUCCGUCACUCCCUCUCACAGCCUCCUCUCCUGUCGCCACUUCAUCUUCCCUGUCCUCUUCUGGAGGUAGCACUCGCUCUGCUCUCCCUUCCUCCUUUCCCCAUUCCUCUUCUCCCUCCUCCACGAAGCCCCAUAACGCGGAGGCUCGGGGGGCCGAGGUGAGACUAUUGCCUCCCCUGCUGAAGGACCAGGCCUGGGGGGUUCACGCGCAGGAGGCCUUCCUUCUCUUCUGCCUCGCCCUGGGUGAGUGGUGCAUGUGACGUCACACCCCAGAAUCUAAAUCCUUCAGAAUCCUUCCUUUCGCUUUUUAACCCAUCACUCUCGCUCAUUCGCUCUCCUCUCCUGCAUCUCGCAUGUUGGCAAACAUCAGCUAACUGGGAGUGAGUGCGAGCAUGUGUGAGUUCCUGUUUGUGUAACAAGUGAUCCUCCCUGCUUUUUUUCUGUUUUGCUUUAAAGUGUUUGUGGGAACGAUUGAUCUCCAUUUUUAAGAGUAUUGCAUUAAAAAAACAAAGCAAACUUGAAUGUUUAAAAAGAUUACGCUGGGAUUCAUUAAGCUGGAAAGCUCGGGUCCAGUGACCACACUCUGACGGACAGACGGAUCCUCCUUAUCCAGGAUAUUAAGAAUCUUUCCUCAGAACAAAGUUUAGUGGGUUCACUUUUCUUUAUCCGGAUCAUUUUUGUGCCUGUAAACAAAUGUAAAUAUAUUUGUAUAUAUGGGGAAAAAAUACCAUUUGACGAUGUACAUAAAACUAGGUGACGUAAUGGGGCUGUGGUUCUUGGUAGGGAGGCAAAAUAAAAAUGUAAAACGUU